UCCCCAGAACGUGACGCUGCUCUCCUGGGACUUCAGUGUGUACCUGACGUGGCUCCCAGGACCUGGCAACCCCCAGAACAUGACCUAUUUUGUGGCCUAUCAAAGUAUCACCAGGCAGACCCUGCGUUUCCCCUGUUCUAGAGGCGAGGAAACAACUCAGGUGCUGUGACCUGCCCAAGGAAGCCAGUGAUGGAACCAGAAGAAAAACCCAAGUCUGUCUGACCCCAAAGCUUGUGCUCUUCCUGUUCUAUUACAGUCCCUCCAUCUGUAGCAUCCAGAUGUGAGUGAUGGGGGCCUGGCUUGGGAAAGGACAGACUGUGAGAGAGCUUUAAAAAGAAAGAAUGGUAUAGAACUGUAUCAGGAGGCAGAAAAUACCAAUACCUAACAUGGCCUGUGUGUUUGCUCUGUGUCUGCACUGUGUCCAUACAUGAAAUGUAUUUAAUCUCACACCGCCCUACGAGGAAGGAUUCAGUGACUCUGCUCUACAGUGGAGGUAACUGAAGUACUGAGAGUGUAUUUUGCUCAAAGCCACACAGCUGGGCAUAGCGGAGGUGGGAUAAAUUGAUGAAAGAAUUGAAAGCCUAACCUCUGGACCUGUAUGAUAUUUUCCUUUCCUUUUACGCUUUUGAAACACCUGCGAGGAUUCCAAAACCAUGAUAUUCUAAUGGUAUUUUUUCAUUUAUUAGCUGGAAUUAAUUUUAUAAAGAGAUGCUUCCUCUCAUGUAGUGUUUGAUAUUCAGUGGUACUAUUCAUGUAGGCAAGACAGAAUAAAUGCUUGAAUUGUUUUCCUUUAAUUUACCAGUUUUCAAGAUAACGAACUGGUUCCCUAUCAUGUCCCAAAGGUGAUUGACUUGUUUUUUUAUUAUCAUUACGAACUCAAGUAGUUAAACAUAUGUGAUGGUUUCAAUUCAUCGCAAUUUAUUCUACUCAUUGAAGCUUGAAUGGUCUCAUCUUUAGUCCAUGAAUGUCUCUUCAGGUGGCUCCUGAGUCCUUUGAAUCUGACCCUAGUAAUUCAUGAUAUCUUUAUUGCUAUCUGUUGCGAAAAGAUGUUCCAGACUCAUUUGCACAAUUCCUGACCUAAAACCUGAAAUCAGCCACGUCUCCAUUUGCUCUGCAACCCCCAAACAGUGGCGGAGAGUAAAAAAGUGCGCAGGAACCAAAGAGCUACAGUGCUCUCUGAUGUGCCUGGAGAAACAAGACCUGUGCAAUAAGUUCAAGGGGCGUGUGCGAGCAGUUUCUCCCAGAGCCAGGUCACCCUGGGUGGAGUCCAAGUCCAUGGAUUACUUUUUUGAAGUGGAGCCAGCCCCACCUAUCCUGGUAUUCACCCGGACAGACGAGAUCCUGAGUGUCAAUGCCACAUACCAGCUGCCCCACUGCAUGCCCCAACCAGAUCUGAGCUAUGAGGUGUAUUUCUGGAAGGAGGGGACCGGGAAUGAGGCCAGUUUUCCAGCCACUCCCCAUGGCCAGCCAGUCCAGAUUUCUCUCCAACCAGACACCAGUGGACACCACUGCCUCAGCGCCAGAACUAUAUACACCUUUGGCUCCCCUAAAUACAGCAAGUUCUCUGAGCCCACCUGCUUCUUCCUGGAGGCCCCAGGAUCCAACUGGGCACUCCUGGUACUGCUACCCCUUCUGCUGCCAAUGCUGUUGGUCGUUGCCACGGGGCCUGUGAUCUGGAAGAGCUUCAGGGGGAACCCCUGGUUUCAUCAGGCAAAGAUGCCACAGGCCCUGGACCUCUCUGGACACAGACACCCCGGGGCAACCUUUCAACCCAGUGGCCCAGAGUGCCUGCACGUCUUGAUCCUCUCUCCCCAAAAGGAACGGACCAGAAGGGUCAGGCUGACCCCUGGAGUCAGGGCCCCAGCCGCCGUCCAGGCAGGAUCAGAGGACAGUGAUGAGGAGGAGAAGGGUGACGAGGAGAGCACGGACGAUGGUGCCAGCUUCCAGCCCUACACUGAACCACCCCCCUUCCUGGGGCAGGAACACCAGAGCCCGGGGCAUGCUGAGGCAGGAGGGCCUUGGACUCCUCUGGUCCGGGUCGAAGGCUCCUCUGCUUGCGAUUCUUCAGACGGAAGCUGGGCCAGCACUGCGGGCUCCUCCCCCUGGGACGAGGCUGGAUCAUCUGGCUACUUGGCCAAGAAGAGGCCAGGCCGAGGACCGGGUGGGAAGGAGCUCCAGAAGCCUCUCCCACCACCCGAAUUCUCCGAGGACUCGAGUUCCCUGGAAGAGCCCCCAGAAGACAACCCGUCCUCCUGGGUCAGCUGGGGCUUACCGUCACCAGGGCUGAUUCCCAGGGAGCCCCCAGUUUCUCUUCAGACACUGACCUUCUGCUGGGACAGCAGCCCCGAGGAAGAAGAAGAGGGUGGGGGGGAAUCAGAAGGUGAGGACAGCAGUGACGGCAGCUGCGGGGCUAAGAGCCUCCAGAGGAUCGAGGUCAGAGGUAGGACACUGGGACACUACUUGGCCAGGUGAGCUGUCCCUCCCAGUCUGGUGCUACUGAGCUUUCUGGGGACCCAGCAUGCCACCGAGACUUGAAAUCCUGGGAGCAUCAUCGCUGGGGCAGCCGCGGGUUCUUACGGCACCUCAGGGAACCCGGCUAGAGGUGUCCGCCAGGUUGAGCAGUCAGAAGCCACCCCGUCCUAUGACCUGCGAGCUUUGGGCCGAGAGCCAAGAGGGGUGGAGACAGGGAUGGGCGGAGGUCAGAGGUUGAUUGGGUGUCAGACCACCCCACUGUCCCUGGGGUGACAGGUCAGUUGGAAAAAUCAUCCCUGCACAACAUGAAACAGGCAAGGUCAGGUCACAGGGGACAUUGAAGGCUGACAGCACAAGGGCCCAUCUGGAUUUGGGGAGGGAAGAAAUCUGGAGGCACACCAAGUGUAGCAGGACUCAACGCCUCUCUCCAGCACCCGCUGGGCUCCCUCCUCCCCGAGGCUCGGCAUCCUGAUUUAUGAGUCCCCUAGGGUGGGCCCCAGUGAAGAAAAAUCCAGUUGGCUGAGGGUGUUGGAGAGGAAGAGGAAAGGCAUGGUCCUUCAAAUCCCAGUCUCUGAGUCAGGCAUUGCACAGUUUCCAUUAUCAAAGAGGCCUGGGUCCAAAUCCCAGCUCUGCCAUUUCCCAGUUGUGUGGCCUUAGGGGAGAUACCUUCCUUCUCUGUACCCGAGUCUCCUUUCUACAGCUACCACCUGGGGCACAGUGAGGGUUCCGACAGAGACGUGUGAUGCCUGCCACACCAUUGGCACUCACCACGUGCUGGCUGGUAGGAUUCUCCAUCCACCCAGGCUCUGAGGGGACCGCUGGGCAUCUCCCACCUGUGACCCUAAACUCAGAGUGACUGGAGUUCCCACCUUUAGUCUUUCUCCUGCCUCCUGCCCUUGCUGACCCCUGCCUCCUGGUCAGGAAACAGUUCUCAGAAGCUGGAGCCCAUCCAAGGGUCCCUCUCCCUUUUCCCAGCAAAGAAAAUACCAAAUGGCCCACCUUCUAGGGGGUCUGAUUAAUUGGUGGUGGGGUAGCAACCCAGCAGGGAGUUGGACCCCUGGGCCCGUGAUCCCCAACUUAGCACUUCAGACCCUUUAGGUGACCAUUGUGGUUGUAAAGACGUCCCAUUUCCUCUUCCAGUUUUGAGAAACCACUGUCUUCUGGAAACAGGUGACUGUCCUUACCUGAGGGUAGUGAUGGAUGUUCUCAAACAACCGCUUUAUUAACCUACACCCACCAGUAUAUGGAUGAGCAGAGCUGAGUCUUCACCCGUUAGACCAAGGUUUUGUCAGUUUUGUGGCCCUGCAGGGACCACAGGAAUCAGAACAAUCCUUGGCUCUGCCAUUUCACCUGCCAGGACUUAAGUUCCUCCAUUUGUGUCAAAAGCGUCUUCAUAAGCAUUUUAUCCGCAGGGCUGUGUUGUUGUGUUUUUUUUUGUUUUUUGUUUUUGGCUGUGUUGUUUUGAAGCCAACGCAAAGGUAGAACAUUAAUGGAAGAUCUGGAAAAGCAGCUCGAGGGCAUCUGGUCCAGGGGUUCUCACACUGUGUUCCCAAAAGGCCUUGGGCUUCACAGGAGGCGUCUCAAUCUCAGGGGGAGCCGUGGGCUGUAGGAUCCCUGCAGUGCAACCAGAGCAGCCUCCCUGGGCCCUGAUUUUCUCCAGUGGCCCUCCACGUAAGAUUGUGCUUAGGAGUUUCAACUGCUAAAGAAAACGUUAGCAAACCCCUUUUUAAAUUGAACACCUGUCUUUUGUUUCAAACAAGGAAGCUAAAAUGUUGACUUACUGUGUACGUCUCUGAGGGUGACAUUGUCGGUCUCUGGCCAGCUGGGCCAACCCCCGUCCCCUUGGCCAUGUAAACAGUACUGAGGUCUCGGCAAGGGUUUCCAAGGGGCACGAGGCUGGCAGGAGGCCUUCACCACUGCUGGGACUCGCACACAUACAUGCAUUUCUGCAGGGGUUUCCCUGCAAUGAGGCUUGUCUACAUCCAUGAUUGAGCACAGAAGAGGAAGAACAAACUGGAACCAUGGAGCUGGGGAAGGCUGUGGCUCACGGCCAGUUCCUAGGAGAAUACCCAGACCAAGCCCAGUGUCCUUUCUGGAACCAGCCGAGCUGCUUCGUGGAAGUAAAUUCCAAAUAACUAAAAGCUAUCCUCACUAUUGUCUUAGGAUUGUGUGAAGGAACCCCUUUAUCUCUGUUCUGAAAACUUGUGUGUUUUUGAAGCAUUUUUUUAAAGUUUAAUUUCUGACAGACGCUGAGCUUUCUAUUAAUUCUAAACUCCAGCUCCUUUAUGGUCAUUAAGUCAUAAACAAAAAACUGGGCAGCUUUAGGAAAGAGCACGCUAUUCAAUAUUAUCAUUUGUCAGGUGUGCCCAGCACUGAACUGUUUACAAAGCCCUUUCAUGUCCCCAGCAGGCAGGAACUGCAUAGUGGAAACUCCAGGGCCACGCAUGAAAGAUGUCAGGGGCAGAGCGGGUGAUGCCUGCGUGAAAGCAACAUUCCCAUUCUUUAGGGUAGUGAGGAGAUUAUAUAUUGUUCUAAGAUAUUUGUAGUUAUUUCUAAUUUUAUUUUAUGUUUAUGUCAUAUUUAGAUAAUUUCCUAAUGUUUGUUGGGGCCUACCCUAAACUGUUUUAAAUAAAGAGCUCUAUUUUUAGAGAAAAGGGCAAAAUUGAAUGGAAAAGCGUGUGCUCU